CUCUGUACGUAGUACCUAUGACGGAAUUGACCCCCAGUCGUAUAUUAGUGAGAGAUUGUAGGACAGAACUACAUACGGAAGUUGUCAUUAGCUGAUUAACAAUGAAGGAAGCAAUAGUCUUAUUGGUAUUCUUUGUAGCUUGUCAGGCCAUGUUUCUCAACUUGAAACAUGAUUGCAAGACGAACAACGAUUGCCCAAAUACACAUUGUUGUGUGACUGAUUUCCAUGGUGACACGUGUUUCCAGUACCAGAACGAAUCGCAGCCAUGUCAUCUAGCUGGACAUACUAUGCAUUUAUAUAAAUGUGGAUGCUCAGCUGGUUAUACAUGCCAGGGAUUACAUAUUGAUCCAGGACACACACUUCCGGAUCCAGACGGCUCUAUCCAUCAUGCUGAAGAAUUGCUAGGACAGAUUGGAUAUGGUUUAUGUGUCAAGACUUCAAAAUAAAUAAAAAUAUGUUAAAUA